UGUUUAAUAAAUAGAAAACUAUGGUAUGUUCAUUUUUCAAAUAUCACUGCGUGACAAAUCAGUAAUGAAAAGUGAAAAUCUUCUUAAUGUACCAUGACACUUAAUUUUUUUUUGUAGUAGUAUUAUGAUAAAUAGAACUGCUUAUUUACAAAAAGUUGUCACAUACCAUGUAUUUGUUGUUCAGUUUACUAUUUGUUACUGUAUUAAGUGUUCCUGAUGGUAAUACAAACUCAUCAAAUGAUCAUUUACUUAUUGAACACAGUGUCACUCAGGAAAGUGCUGAAAAUGCAAUUCAACAUAUUGUACCAGACUUAAUGAUAGGGGUAGGUUGCAAAGAAUGUACUAUAAGAGAAAUCGAAUACUGUUUGUCCAAUGAUGUCAUUGAGGAUCAUUGUUGUUGCCAGAGGAAAUACCAUGAAGUCUUCCCUUACAUUGCACAUACUUGCUAUGUUAGAUCUAGAAAUUGUGAACCUACCGUUCGGGAUUGUGGAGUAUUUGAUCGAUUAUUGACUUGUUGUUGCCAUCAUUAUCUUGGAACAAAAAGGAAAGCCAAAAUUUCAACCACCAUUAAUGGCCAGAGUCGAAAAAACAAAAGCCUCUUUCUUUUUGGAUUAAUUAUUCUCCUCAUUAAGAACAAUUAUUUUAUUUUUAAUUUAUUUUAAGCUUGUUGAGUAGUUUUAAAGUUUUAGAUAAAAUAAUUGUAAAAACACCACAAUUUCAUCAUUUUAAAUAAAAAUCUACACGUUAUCUCAAAUUCCUCAUCGACUUAAACAAAAUUUGCUAAUACUAUCUAAAUACCAUAACUCAUAAGAUGAAAAUAUUGAUUUUACAAUGAUGUGUACUGUACUACUCUGGAGACACUUUUUACAGUCAAAAAUAUGCUUUGAUUUUCAACUUUGAGAGUUGUUUCUGGUAGCAAAAGCAAAUUGGAUUUAGUUUGUACUUUGGGCCUUCAGUGAAUAAAAAUUAAAGCGUUCCCAGUAUUUUCCAAAAUAAUUGGGGAUUUCAAAAAAAAUAAAAAUAAU